AUGAUCAAGACAGAACCUGUGAUAAGCCCAGGGUUCUUGCCAACGAGACCCGGGUUCGUUAACAACAGCUACUAUGUCCGGGUGAGGACUGGAGAUGAGGCAAAGGCCUUCCCUUUGUGUUACCUUCUCUCUGAUUCUACUGAGAAACCAACGCCAACUAUCUAUGAAAUCAAGCUUGUCAUGGAGACCGAAUCAUUGAUUAAAGAGAAAGAAGAGUGUCAAGAGAUGGACUCGAUUUCACAAACUCAUCUUAAGGCGGUUCCAGAAGAAGAAUCAUUUUCUCAAAUUGAAGCGACUGAAACGGGAUCAUUGAUUCAAGAGCGAGAUGCUCUUGGUGCAACAAAGUCAUUAGUGAAGGAAACGUUUCACUACAAAGAGUCCAGUCUAGAAGAGGAAGCAAAUCAGAUUGAGGCAAUUUCACUUCUUUAG